AUGCGGUCAAUGGCGAACACGGAAUCCUGUGUAUUAUCUCCUCUUCUGGUGGAAUAUCUGGAAGAGAAGGAGGCUAUAAAAUCGUUGAAGGACAGGUACCAAGAACUCACGUUGGAGUUUGCGAGCGUGAAGGUGGAGUUGUGUGAUCUGGAUGGGAUGGGAUGGCAAAAGCACGAGCACCAUGGUCGUUUAACGAAUGGAGAGCAGGCUGUUGGCUCGGGUCAUAACAAGAGUCGUUCGCGAAGGAAGAAGGGGCCGAGUGUAUUGACAUCGAGGUCCAAGGUCGAAAAGUUCGAGACAGAAGACGGUGCCGAAGACGACAAUUACGACAAUGACAACGACUCGGACUUCACUUCCAUUCAAUACACCGGCGGAACCUCUCUCUUCCGCUCUGGUUCCUCAAGUUUUGUCAACACAUUCGAAACUAGUGAGUCUGACCCACUGGCAGACACUCGCCCCAGGAUAGAUUCGGAAGAACCUGAACUUGGCAAUGACGAUCUCCGAGUCAAAACACCGACACCAACGUCUCGCCCAGCUCUCCCUGCGGACCGGGUUACAGAAACCUCAACCUCGUAA